CAUUGUUUGAUCGUUGUCUCAGUUCUCGAAUUCUCUCGAAAUCUUUCGUUCUCUCCAGAUUCUUUCAGCGUUCGGAGUGUUAUCAAGUCCACAACAACCCAAGUACAUGGUUGAUUUGGAAAUCCAGGUCCCAACCCCCUUCGACCCUUUCGCCGAGGCCAAAGAAUCGGAUGCCCCCGGGGCAAAGGAGUAUGUCCAUAUCCGCAUCCAGCAAAGGAAUGGGAAGAAGAGCCUGACCACAGUGCAAGGGCUGAAGAAGGAGUUCAGCUACGAGAAAAUCCUCAAAGACCUUAAGAAAGAGUUCUGCUGCAACGGCAAUGUCGUUCAGGACAAAGAGCUUGGCAAAAUAAUACAGCUCCAAGGGGAUCAGCGCAAGAACGUUUCUCAGUUUCUGGUUCAGGUUGGUUUGGUGAGGAAGGACCAAAUCAAGAUUCAUGGUUUUUGAAGACCCUACUCAUAUAUAAUUUUUAUUUGAUAUUAAUUAUUUUUAAGGUUGUGCUCAAUUUAGUCUUGGUGGUUUGAAUUAUUAUUAUUUUUCCAUAGUUGAGUUUUAUGAGUGUUGCUGAAAUAAGUGUGGGUUAAAACAUCCUUUAAUAUUUUGUCCAUGUGUAUAUUCCAUGGAUACAGUUGUUGAACUUCGGUGUAUGUUGGGUGAUUUAUAUAAUAAGAAUGAUAAGAGUGAUGUGUGUUUUCUUCA